AUAUUAAAGAUAGAGAAGAUUUAAUAGAAGAAAUAGCCAGAUUUUAUGGAUAUGAUAACAUUCCUAGUGCUUUGCCAAUUUUAACACCAAAAAAAGUAGCUGCUAAUACAAAUCAAACUUACCUCAAUUUAAUUCGGCAAAAAUUAA